CUAGCACAGCCCUGGCGGUGGUGAAGCCCGAACACAAUACCGGUCGCGCUCUCACACACAGCAGGUUUGUCAGGAACACGACAGCGGAAAGUCUUCUGUGUUUUCUCUUUAAACCGGAAAUAAGCGACAGCCGGUGAGCCUUUGGAAGAAAAUACGGGAAGGAAGGAAGCAGCUGAGUUCGGCGAAGGAAAAGCGAAAAGAGGGAUUGGCCACAAAGUUACACUGACGGUAAAAAAAGGAAAAGAAAAGAAAAAAAGAAGCGUCGCUACGAUAAUGGGAGAAAGAAACGCCACGGAGCGCGCGAGCUGAACCCGAGCGCCUGUAAACACGACAACGUCUCGUGCUUAACGCUUUCUGUACGGUUCACGGUUACAAGCGUCACCAUGCCCGUGAAAACCAAGUAUAAUUUAGUGGACGACGGACACGACCUGCGGAUUCCUCUACACAACGAGGACGCUUUCCAACAUGGGAUCAACUUCGAGGCGAAGUAUAUUGGUAGCCUGGAUGUGUCUCGACCCAACAGCCGGGUAGAAAUAGUAGCUGCCAUGAGACGGAUCCGGUAUGAAUUUAAAGUGAAGAACAUCAAGAAGAAGAAAGUCAACAUUAUGGUCUCUGUGGAUGGAGUGAAAGUUGUGCUGCGGAAGAAGAAGAAGAAAAAAGAAUGGAUGUGGGACGAGAGCAAGAUGAUGGUGAUGCAGGACCCCAUUUACAGGAUCUUCUACGUGUCACACGAUUCACAAGAUCUGAAAAUCUUCAGUUAUAUAGCGAGAGAUGGACAGAGCAACGUGUUCAGGUGCAAUGUCUUCAAAUCCAAGAAGAAGAGCCAGGCCAUGCGGAUCGUGCGGACGGUGGGUCAGGCGUUCGAGGUGUGUCACAAACUCAGCUUGCAGCACACACAGCAGAACGCAGACGGCCAGGAGGAUGCUGACAGCCCCAAGACCUGCACAGACUCCGACCUACAAGAUCGGGAGUUAACCGGAGCUGAAAAGACGCUUGCAGAAGAGACGGACAUCGACGCCGAGGAGUUGCCUCUUCCUGACAGCACAGUGGACGAGUUCAGCCGAGGCGUCACUGACCUGGAUGCUGCUGAGAAAGAUGACGAGGGUCUAAAGGACACCAAGCUGUGUGACGACACCUCCAUCCUCCUGGCUUCUCCAAAGAUGCUGCUCCCAUCGUGUAGUGAGUUGGCAGCCAGCACACCGCUCUCCAUGCACCACCAGCUCCAGCUCCUGCAGCAGCAGCUAAGCCAACAGCAGCAGCAGACCCAAGUGGCUGUAGCUCAGGUUCACCUGCUGAAGGAUCAGCUCUCGGCAGAAGCAGCAGCCAGGAUAGAAGCUCAGGCUCGAGUUCACCAGCUGCUACUGCAGAAUAAAGACCUUCUGCAACACAUCUCACUGCUGGUCAAGCAGAUCCAGGAGCUGGAGAUCAAACUGACUGGCAACAGCUCCAUGGGAUCUCAGGACAGUCUCCUGGAAAUCACUUUCCGGGCCAACGUGCCUCCGAUCAUCUGUGAUGCUACAACACCAUGUUCCGAAGACAUGCUCCUGCCACCAUUGAAUGAUGGCACACAGCUCGCUAUGCCCCUAAGCAGUCCUUUAGGUAUGGGCCAAAGUCUGGUUAAGUUUGAGUGUUUCCGUUUUCUCCCAGGACCUCCUCAACAGGAGCAGAACCCUGCCCCGUCCCAGGAGGUAUCACCCUCAUCUCGGGAUGAGCUGCUGGGGAGCCUGGAGCUGCUCAAGUUCCGUGAGUCAGGCAUCGCCUCGGAGUACGAGUCCAACACGGACGAGAGCGACGAGCGGGACAGCUGGGGGCUGCAGGAUGAUAGCAGCCUCCGUCUGCUCAAUGUGCUCAACCAGCAUGGCCCCUCUGACUCCCUGGACGAUGAAAUCGCCGUUUAGGCUGGGGACAUGCUAAUGGCUACAGCUAAGUGUGCUAACUGCUUGUCUGUGUCAUAAACUGUUAUUCUCACUACCGACCAUUAGAGACUGAAGCAAAAAAGGUGGGAGGUUUCGUGUCACAUUUUGUGUUCCAGGGCCAUUUUCCGUUGCACAUAACAAGGGUAGCAGUUGGACAGUUAUGGUCUCCCAUCAACAGGAACCAAUUGUACUUGGGGGGACAGUUCAUUGCUAAUUGGUUACACAUGUGAUAACAUAUAAUAGACGACAUACACGUAAUUU